CUUGGUUCGUAAUGUGACCUUGUCGAUAGCGUAUUCUGGUUGUGUACAUAGGUGGUUUUAGACAUAGUAUUCUUCGUCCCAUGUUGUUCUUUAUUCUUGAUGAGCUGUUCGUCCUGAUUACGUCUUCUUCUCUCCGAUUAUCUACCGAUCACUAAGGUUUCUGUAUCCUACAGCGAUAUAAUCCAUUGGAAACAUUAUGGAAACCUCAUUAUAAGUUGACGGGUUUUAUUAAGCCUAUGAUCACUGAUGUUUUUAUUUUACUUAGAUACUACGACCGAUAAUUCGCUUGUUUCCCGUGAUGGUGUGGGAUCUUAGUGGAUAAAACUAUUUUAACUAUUCUGAGUGAUAUCAUAUACCACUUAUAAACUACAAACUACAGGAUCUACACCAUACUUAUGAUAUUGAUUUCUGUGUUCUGGAUAUUAACAGUUAUAUUACUCGAUGUCAGAUGUGAAGUGUUCGAACUGGAUAGCAGAUUCAUUGAGUUUAUCGACAAGGGUCCUUGGCUUGUCCAGUUUUAUGCUCCUUGGUGUGGAUUCUGUCGCCGUUUGGUUGGUACAUACGAAGAAGCCAGCAGGAUACUACUUCAUACGGAACCUUCAAUCAAAGUUGCUAGACUUGACGCCACAAUAUACACCGGAAUAGCCAAGAUGUUCGAUGUGCGAGGUUUCCCAACAAUUAAGUAUAUUAAUGGCACAGUAUCAUAUACAUUUAUCGGUGAUCGAACUGUUCAUGGUCUUGUUACAUUUGCGCAAAGAGCUAAUGGACCAGCAGUGAAGAAUUUCGAAGAAAGUCAUGAAUUUGAAGAACGUUUAAAAAAACUAUCUUCAGAUGAACCAUUUUUCUUCUUAAUUAAACCAGCUAAUUCUAUUUUAGAGAAAACAUUUCUACAAGUAGCUGAACAAUUACGUAUAUUCUCAUGGUUUUUCAGCGGUUCAUUAUCAGUUAUCACUUCUCCUUACAUUGAAACGUUGAAAUCAUCCAAUGAUAUAUUUACAGAGAUUUUAGUUUUUAAAGAUUCUCAAGUUUAUUCUUAUCCUGGUCUAUUUUCAAAUAAAAAUUUCCAAUUAACAAAUAAUACGGCGGAAUUAUAUCAAGAUCUAAUAUUAUGGACGUUACGUGAACGACAGCCGGGAUUUCCGAAAUUAUCUCAUUUUGAUUGGUGGGAAUUUGCAUCGAAUGAAUUAUUGGACAUUCAGAAUCAUAAUCCUAAUACUACUAGUACUAAUACUACAGAUGAUAAUAGUAGAAGUAAUAGUAACGAUGAUUCAGUAGUUCAACAAUCAUUACAUUCAAAUACAAGUCCAGUACAAUCAUAUCGAAAUUAUCGUUUACUUGGAUUAUUUGUUAUUGAUCAAUUAAUAGAAAAGAGUUCUCCAUCUAGGGUAUUGGAAUUCGGGAGGAAAUUAGCUCUUAAACGUCUACCGCAUAUAAUACGCUAUUUUCAAUUAGCAUGGACUAAUGAUGUAGAAAGUUUAGAGAAUUUAGCUAUGAGAACAAUAACUGUACCAAAUUUCAUUGUUUUAAAUCCUGUUACACAUGAAUUAUUUGUAUAUUUAUCAAAUCACUAUUCAUCAUAUUCUUUAUUAUUUGAUGAAAAUAAUUUAAUUAAUUUCUUAAUGCUUAUUAAUGACGGAAAGAUUAAAGGUAUUGGAGGUAAUACAAUUUCAAUAAGACUACAACGUUUAGGAUAUAAUUUUCUUAUCGGUUUCUUGGUAAGUUUAUUUAAAUAGAGUUUAACUAUUAAUGAAAUUCUUCAUGUUGUAAUUCAUUAUAAAACCACUUUUUUCUACAAAAUAUCUAUGUUCCUCUGUUUUAGACAGCAUUCUUAAUACUUAGUUGAUUAAUCUAUGAUUUUCAAUUCUUCUGAAUGUCUAGAUGAUGUAUGUAUUUUCUUCAAUAGAUUACACGCUAACAAAAAGUACACUUUUAAUUCUUGGAGUACCAGCAUUAAUGUUCAGUGGAAUUAUCUACUUAUGUUGUUGUUUGGACGCAAGGUAUGCAACUUAUGAUGACGGUGAAGAUGACCAACUUUCUAAUUACAGCAUUUACCAUAAAGCAUAUUCAAAUCAAAAGAUUAUUGGCAUUGAUAAUUCCACUGGUGAUAGAUCAAUUAUCGACUCGAAUUCAAGCUAUUUGGAUACUACUAGUAGUAGCAGCAGUGGUAUUAGUGUCAACGCAACGAAGGCUGUUCAUUUUCGAGAUAUGCAUAAUUCUCCUCCACGUCGACGAUAUCGUCAUGAAGUUUUGCAUAACAGCAAUAAAAAUAUUCAAAAUAUUGGUCCUGUUUAUUCAGAGGAUGAAUUAAAGAAAAGAAUUGAAGAUUCGCGUGCGAAAUUAGCGAAAUUAAAGAAACAAGCAUAAAUGUAUUUCUUAUUUCCAUUCAUUCAUCAGCACAGAAUUAUCACAAUAACCUACGUGCAUAAUAGAUUAUUUUCUCCAAUCAUGUAUGUAUCACACAUAUCAAUUUGUGUAGCACUGAUAAGCAUGUGUUUGAUGUGCACUAACUGGUUUUGUUUUUUACAAUAUCAUGAUAUUACAUAACCUCAUUAUCAUUCUUCUGGAUGUUUUAUUCCAGUGAAAGAAACGACAACUCAUAUUUAUUUCUUGUAUCUUUGAACUUUAUUACUCAAUGUAUGCAUUUAUUCAUCAUAUAUAUUCUUAUUAUUGAGUUAUAUAAUUAAAUAUAUUGUUAGAUUACUCAA